AUGCGUCGUUUCUGCACUGCUCGUGUAAGUAGUUAUGUUAAGCGUGCGCCACUCCUGCUUCCCCGUGGUGGGCGGCGCUGGAGAUCGGGGGCAGGAACCACUGCGGAUGGCGGUGGGGAAAAAGAAUACAUAGCGGACUCUUUUGAAUCCACUGCCGGUUCUAAUGCGUAUGCCGCGAUGGAAUUAGCUGCUGAGGCUCGGAGGGAGAUUCACGAACUGUGGCUGUCGGCCGAAACAGCACUUGAGAGGGAGAAACGUGUUCAGCAGGUGGCGGCACUUAUCGAAAAAUACAAGUUAGACCCCUCUACACCGCGGGAGGCAGAUGUGAGCCGGGGAUUAGGUGAUGCUUUUGAUCGACUGCUCCUCUUGUGUCUGCCCCUUGGCAAAACAGACGCUAAAGGAACUGAUAACUUGGAGCGACUUAUGCACCUAGCUGGGAGGAAUGGUAGGGAGCUUUCUGUGCGGACGAUUCAACAUUUGUUUGCUCGUACGGACUCAUUCGCGGAAGCGCUCGCUGUUUUCUACACCAUGCGGCGAUGCCAUGUGGCAAUGAAUAUGGAGGCUUAUUAUUCCAUGCUUUACUCUUUGCAACGGCUCGAGGAGGAAGGGUGGGGGCAACACUUUCGCAACGAGUAUGAGGAAAAUGGAGCCCCUUCUGAGCAAGCGAUGGACUUCAUAGUGAAGGGCAUCAGUAACGCUUUAUUGCCGGAAAACAAGCCGUGGCUUGGUCGUGUGAUGUUCCAGGACCGGAAUGUGCCAGAUCGAAGGUAUGACACGCGUGACUUCGAUGAGCUGGACACAGCAUGGACACAACGCUAUAAAAGUGGUACGCCUGCCGGUGCCCAUUGA